AUAUGCAGAGGCAUUGCGUUCUAUUGGUUGAUAUGUGCAAAGUUCAAGAUGAAAGACAAAAGACAGCCCGCCCCUCUAGACCCCUGUAUAUGAGCUCAGUGGUUCAGACGAUCCUGGCAGUGACACCAUUAAACGCACAAUGAGGAGCUUUACCUUGAUAACAGCUUUAUUUCUUUGCUGCUCCAACUGGAUCUGUGUCUCAGUGUCUGAGACUCAGACUGUGGAGGUCCAGCCUGGUCAAGAAGUCUCACUGCUGUGCUCCAACAUUUCCAGAACAAUAGCUUACACAUUCUGGUCCAGACUUCAUAAAAUGAACAAUGUCAGCUGUAUCUCGUCUAUGUACGAAUCGGAUGACAAACCUUCAUACUGUGAUGGAUUUGAAAAUGGAUUUGAAAUGAGCUCCAACAUCACCACUGUCUUCCUUAAAAUAAAGCGAGUGGAUUUAUCUGACUCUGGACUGUAUUUCUGUGGAUUUUACAUGAACGGACACAUAGUCAUUGGCAGUGCAACACAUUUAAAAGUUCAAGAUAAUGGUGAAUGUGAUGAUGAAGCUGAAUGUCAGACUGAAAAAAUGCCUGAUGGAACGACAAACCUGAUGAGUGUGAUCCUGGGCGGUCUGACUGUUCUUCUGACUAUAGUCAUCAUUAUUCUGGCUGUUAAAAUCAGGAAACUUCAGAAAGCUGUGAAUGAAGAACCACAGACUGAAAGAAACAAGGAUCUGGGCUCAGACGACCUGAACUACGCAGCUCUAAGUUUCCAGGCAAAAGCAAAGAGGAAUCGAAGGCCUGCAUCAGAGAGAGAGCUGGAGCCAAAUGUUCUGUACGCUGCCUCCAGAUAAACUCAGGAAACCACUGGAACAGCAGCUCAGAGUGGAGCUGAUGUGUUAUCGAAUUCAUCUGCUGCUGUGAUGUUGCUGUGCAACUUCACAGCAGCAGUGUGUGUGGGUAAUGGAUGGAAGGCCUCAGUGGCAAUACAAUAAAUUUGGAAUAAAUUUUCUACUUUCAAACUCAGUUGUUGCUCAUGUUUAUUUCUGUCGCUCUCA